GGUGGCUAGUUAUAGUCCUCGCAGUAGCAGUGGUGCUAUAGGCGUCAAGAGAUACGAGCUUGGUAUGUGCUCUUGCCUGGCUCUGGCUCUCUCUCAUAACAACUCGACUACGUUCUGCCUUCGCCAUUUUGCACAAUACUCGCCUCCCCUCCCCAUCGAGAGCAACAAGAAGUAAACAAAUUAAAUUCCACGAAAUUAUUCUCAAAAUAGUAUAAUCAGUCGUCACACCCCCAGAAAGAGGGACUUAGAAACGUUCCCGAGACGAAGGCACAAGCAGUUAGUUAGCCUGCAGGGCUUGGUUUGACCUGCAUUCAGUCAGUAGGUGACGAAACACUAGGAAAAUUGGACUCCAUACCAAACCAAUAAAAGAAAAAUAAUGAUUAAGUCAGCCGCGUCGCCAUCCGGAAGUCGUACAACGGUAGUGGAACCUACUGCACGGAUGGUCAUGCCACAACCGAGCCGCAUGGAUUCGAUAUCGUCAUUUCGUUCGACAAGGGACUUUGAAAACUUAAAGACGGAACGUGGUCGUUUGGAUACAUUUUCCCUUCCUCCUGUAUGGCCUGUGACAUUUAUUACACCCGAAGAUUGCGCUAAAGCUGGAUUUUUCUAUCUACAAGACGGUGAUAAGGUACAAUGCGCAUUUUGUCGUGGUGUCGCUGGCGAGUGGGAGGAAGGAGACAAUCCAUCUGCAGAACAUCGCAGGCAUUUUCCUAGAUGUCCCUUCGUUUGUAACUUGCCUGUUGGCAAUAUUCCUAUUGGCCAAGAAAUGGAAGUAGCCCAACAUAGUGAACAAGAGAUAGCGGCAGGAAUCGACGUGUGUGGACCGUUUCUCCCAGCAGGAAGAUUUUUAGGACAGGAGCCUGCAGCUUCUGUCCGUGGAGCACAGCCGCUUGAUGGGAACAUGAAUGAUGUGGCUACAAGUUUGGCGAUUCAAGUUUGUGGAAGUGGGCCGAUGCAUAAAAAUCUUGUUACGUAUCACUCACGUGUGAAAUCCUUCACGUCGAAAUGGCCAAAUACAUCUACGGGACAGACCCCAGAAAGUCUUGCUGAAGCCGGAUUUGCAUAUCUUGGACAUUUGGACCAUGUUAAGUGUUUUUAUUGCGAUGGUGGACUUCGAAACUGGGAACCUGGUGAUGAUCCCUGGUUAGAACAUGCAAGAUGGUUUCCCAAUUGCUCGUUUGUCAUGCUAAACAAGGGCGACGGAUUUGUCAAGGACGUAUCGAAAACUAAACCAACAGUGGCCAUUCCUCAGUUCCAAGUCAAACCUCCGUCACAACAUACGCACUCACCACGCAGGGUCUCAGAUCAAGAGUUACGUGAUCUCAUGGAUACUUCAAUUGUUCAGGCGGCUCUUGAAAUGGGGAUGGAAUUAAGUAAAGUAAAGGCAGCUCUUCAAAGGAAAAUUCAGCAAACGGGUCAAGCAUUCUUAACUACGGAAUCAUUACUUGAUGCUGUUUUAAGAAGAGAUCCAGAGUACGAAUCUGAUCAGGAUACAGACAAUGACGACGAUGAUGAUGUACCGCCUCGCAGACGCUGUCCCCCUUUAAAUGUUUCAUUGUUCAAUGGAUCUGGUUCUGCCGGAACAUCUGAAGCUAGUUCUAGCUCUUCCGCCGAACAUUCCAGCGGAAGCGAUGAAGAAAGCCCGACAACAUCCACCCCAAGAAUUGUAAAGUCUCCAGCUAGUCGUUCUGCUAGUGGAGAUAGUGGUGUUUCAACUAUGUCAAGUGAAAAUGGUGAAGAUCAGUCUGCACCUCAAUCACUGUCAACCGAGGAAACUUCAGGAAUCUCAAAUAAAAGUGAUAAAGUAAAAGUGAGUCGUGAUAAAGACUUGACGAAUCAAUCGGAGGAUGGAUUUAAUAUGGAUGAAGUCAAAAAAGAAAUUGAAUUGAAUGCUAAGAAUAACAUGGAAGAAGAGUUAAGGAAAUUACGGGAAGCCACCCAAUGUAAAAUUUGUAUGGAUAACAAAGUUGAAGUAGUUUUCUUGCCAUGCGGACAUCUCGUGUCUUGCACCCGUUGUGCAACUGCAUUAUCAAACUGUGCAGUUUGUCGUCAGCCCAUCAAAGCUUACGUCAAAACUUAUCUGUCUUAAAAUAAUUACAACUACCGAUUUUCAAAUAGUCUUUUUUUUGUAUGGUGCCACUGCAGUACCACCACCACCGACUAGUUUUUAAUAUAUAUGUUGCAUAAAUGAACGUUAUUAAAAUCAAAUAUUUGCUAUUUAUGUUGCGCAGCUGUAAUAGUAAUGGUAACAAGUAACAAACUUAUAAAUUGAUGCAAUUAUAUAUGCUAUAUAAAAAAUUCAAAAUCAUAGCAAUUCAACACAAGUACUGAGUAUAUUUUCAAAAAGCAACAUUUAAGACCUUAGACCUCCAUUAAUGUACCUGGUGGCUGCAAGUGCACGAAAUACUAGUUUAACUACCAAAUUUAUUUCCAUACGCUUGAACCGUCAGUAUAGAUACACACCAUGUAUUUUACAUUGUACUUGACUUUAAAAGUUGGGAUUAAAAUAAACUGCUCUUCUAGGUCUCAUGAUUUAAAAUGUCUGAUGUAUAAUUAGUGCAAAAUGCAAAAAUGGUAUAUUUCAAGAAUCGCACUUAUACUGGAUAGGUUUUGAGGCGACAGUUGAAGCGUUUCACGGAAUAAUUCUACUUGUAAAUUGGUGCAUAAUAUAAAUUUCGUACAAAAAUGUUAUCUUAUAAUUUAUUAGAUUAUUGUUGUUCUUGUUCAUAUAAGUAUUUUCUUUCUUUUCAUAUUUCUUUCCGAUCGAUUUUGACUCUAUGAAUUGACUGAUUUCGGUUUGAAAUCUUUUGAUAUCUAUUUUGAUAGUUUGGUAAAUUUUCCUACUCGUUAACUUGUUUGUGUAAAUUAAAUUCAAUUGGCGAGUUAAUAUGUCUAACAAUACAUGUGGUCGCUGGUAUACUCACUUGUUCAUUUUCAUUACCAGAAGCGACGCAGCAAGUCAAUACAUAUGUAUAUUUAUUCUGUUAUCUCAUUACAAUUACUUUAAUAUACACUGAAUUAAUAAAUGUUCUUCAAUGUUAAUUCAAA